AUGGCGGAGUUCAACAAUGAUACGGGAGGGGUGAUCCUGGAUGGACCGUUUGACCCUGAUGCUCAGGCCACCGUGACUGACUUUAUUGAUUACACCGAAUACCUCCCUGCUGAUUUACUCCGUUCUCUUACUCUCAUUCGUGGCCUAGAUAAGCGUUACCUAGACAGCGCGCAGGAUAUCCAUGAGCUUUCCACGAAGUAUGGCCAGCUUCCCGAUCUCCCUUCUGACACGCGUCCGGACCCUUGCUCUCUGCGCCGAGAUAUAUCAGACCACCUUGAUAGCGCAAUCAAUGCUCGCGAAUCUUCGUAUGCCGAGGCUUGUCGUUUGUACGAUGUCGUCGACCGCCAUUUCAACCGCCUAGACUCUAUCAGACAGAAACUCGAGGCGUUACCAAAGCCCCCUUCGCGCGAGCCCACCCCUCCUCCGCGUGUUACCAACGCGAAACGCCCGCGCACGAGUAAAAAAGGUGACGAUGGACCACCCACAACAACCCGAAUUACACUGCGCUUGGAUGGUGGGAGAGGUAGCCAGAAGUCGAGGAGCCGUCGUUCUUUGGUCGCAGAAGAUCAUCUUGCGGGAUUGCAUCCUGACUCUCCACUCGCCAGUACCGAGCAUUCAGAUAAUGAGAUUGAGUUUAAGUCUACUCCCACUCAAACCGCGGGCCACAACAAGAAAAAUAAAUCAUCACGCCGCUCAAGGCCUUCAGGAGAGUCAGUCUCCGGACUGAGGGCGUCUGCAGGCAUUUCAACUAGCAGUGCUCUGGCGAUGCUGAAGCCUCCUCCUGAAGAUGCAAGACCGGGAAGCCAAGAUUUACCAUGGCUGCGCCUGACCGAGUGGGAGAUGACUAAACUGCGAAAGAAGAUGAAAAAGAACGCGGUUUGGCAACCGAGUGAGGUGAUGAUUCAUCGUGAACUAGCUAUUCGCGGCCGUGGAUGGGAGGCAUAUCGGGCAGCGAAAGCAGAGGCCGAGCGCAAUGGGACCGAGUUUAUGGACUGCGACGACAUCAUGAACAAUUUCAUCCCUGGACUCCUUACCCGUCGAAGCGACGCAACGAAGGACACCGAAGGCGUUGUUGAACUGAAACUGAGCAAUCGAGGCAUGAAAUUGAACGAAGCCAAAAAGCUCAAACGUGAAAACCAGGCGAGGGAACAAGCCGCCUUAGCCGCUGCGGAGGCAGAAGAAGCCAAGCGACUAGGUCAGCUCGGGUCCACCUCUCAAGGUUUUAUCUCCAACGGUGCUGAUCGUCCGCAGGAGUCUCUGGCAGUGGCGGUCAAACCAAGCCGAUUAUUGAAAAAGCGGAAAUUCGACACGAGCAGCAGCCCGACAGUUCCGGAACACGACGAUCUACCCGAGGACGUUGAGAGUCGACCUACACGAAGUCAAGCAAAGCGUCGGAAGAUAUAUAGGGAAGCUUCACCGGCAGAUGAGGCGCCUGGCAUCAAAGUAGAUUCGCCCGAAUUACCGACACCAGCAGCAGCCGUACUAUCCACCGUGACCAGGUCAAGGGGAGGGCCCACUUCGACGCCAUCAAACUCUCGACCUCCUUCGCGCCACCGCUCCUUGGCCGCGGCAGACCCUGUUCUGAACGUGGCAAGGGAGCUUCGUCGGAAGAGUGCUACACCUGCCAGAAAGACCCCGGCUCCUGAGGGAUCUCGCGCAGCCAGCGUCAGUGCGCCCCCUCGGCGUCGCAAGCGACCUGCCCCUGGGCCAGUGUCAAACGGCCCGAACGGUGGCGCCGCAGUCAGCUAUGGACGCCGCAAGGCUAAACCGGGUAGGAAGCGCAUAGGGACCCGAGAGCAGGGACAAGACAUCCGCAUUGAUGAAGAUGGCGUGCUCGAAGAAAUCGAUGUCAACGAACCGCGGUAUUGUCUCUGCGGAGACGUCAGUUUCGGGACAAUGAUUUGCUGUGAGAACCAAGACUGUGACCGAGAAUGGUUCCACCUCGACUGCGUCGGUCUUUCCGAAGUUCCCAGUCGCACAACCAAAUGGUACUGUCCUGAAUGUCGAGCCAAACUCAACAAAGGCACACAGGGUGCCACCAGACACAGCUCCCGUCGGUGA